AUGGGGGGCAUUUUCUCCAGCAUCUACCGGGUCUACCUCGACUUGAACGCCGUCAUCUCUGAGCUGAGUAGAACAAAACACUCCUUUGAUUCGCUCCUUGCUCGGGUUUCGAUGGUGACCCCUCCCGUGUCAAAUCCAUCGAUAUCUUAUUGGCAAAAGGAUCCACCAUUUCCCAAUUUAGUUGACGCCCACUCUCCUGUAUUCCCGACUACGACCGAUAUUGUCAUAAUUGGCUCCGGUAUUUCUGGCGCAAGUGUGGCAUAUACGAUCCUCAACCAGUCGCAUAAACGCGGGAUCUCUCCGAGAAUUGUCAUUUUGGAAGCGCGAGACCUUUGCAGUGGCGCAUCUGGAAGAAAUGGCGGCCAUAUCAAGUGUUCGCCAUAUAUGGACUAUGCAGGACUCAAAACGAGGUUUGGAUUGGAGCAUGCGAAAAAACUACUCAAUUUUCAGCGUCAACAUUUGGCUGUUAUGCUUGAUUUCGUGCAACAGAACGAAGACCUGAAACUUAGCGAGGCUCGAGAAGUUCAGACUGUGGAUGUUUUUACUGACGGAAAUAUGUGGAAUGAAGCGAAGGAAAUGGUGCAGGAACUGAGACAGGAUGCCCCUGACAUGGCCGAAGACAUCGUGGUGUAUGACGGUAUCGAAGCGUGUGAAGUCAACCCAGGUAAUCCGAUGAGGCCAUUCACUGUUCAUACACCCCGCGGAGAGAUAACUACGGCCCAUAUCAUCCACGCCACAGACGCAUUCGCAGCAAACCUUCUUCCUGGAUUGAAGGGCAAAAUAUUCCCCGUGCGAGGUCACAUGACGGCACAAGAGCCAGGAACUCUAUUUCCCAAACUUGGUGGUGCUAGGUCAUGGAGCUUCAUCCACAGGCGCGGUUUCGACUACAUCAGUCAACGUCCUGGAGCGGGUGAGCUUAUGGCAGGCGGUGGCGCUGUUCAAUCCCCAGAAAAGGGGAUGGAUGAAUUCGGUAUUUGGAGGGAUGACCGAAGCAGCUACUCUAUCCGCGCCUAUCUGGAUGGUCUCUUGCCCACGAUCUUCGGGGCGCACAACUGGGGGGCUGAUAUGGGUACCAAGGUGAAAAUGGCCUGGACUGGCUGUAUGGGAUUCACGCCGGACCUGCUGCCUUAUGUUGGUGUUCUGGACCAGAAAAUCACCAAGCGAAAAGCCCCAACUGUGCGCUCGAGCAAAGAUGCAAAACAACCAGCAGAAUGGAUCUCAGCGGGCUUUCAGGGCGAGGGCAUGGUCCUAGCUUGGCUAUCUGGAGUCGCGGUUGGCUUGAUGUUAGUUGGGGAAGAGGAUGAAAUCUUUGAACAGGCUCCGGGGAUACCAAGCGGGAAAAUUGCGGAGUGGCUGCCGGAAGAGUUUGUCUGCUCCACGCGGAGGUUGGAUCGUUCAAAUGUGUCUGAUCUUGCGACACUUCUCUAG